AUGGCAUCUAAGAUUAAUCCAGAAGCUGCAACUCUGCAAGAAGAAGAAAAAGAGGAGCAAAAUGGUCAAGAGCAAGCUACAGUCAAAAAGCCAUGACUCAGUCAAACUCAACGUCGAUUUUUAGUCGGUGUCGGGGGUGCAGGUGUCCUCGGCUUAGAACUCUACCUCAUCCUCUACUCAAUUAGCAUUUUUCUCCCCUCUAAUUAG